UUCCCAGUGACUUUGCGAGACUGCGUUCAGCCCUCAACCAAGUCCUAAGUUUCGGAGUGCACGGGAGAAGAAGCGGGUCUGGAGCUCCAUUCGAGUCGAUAAUUCGCGUCCCCUCCGCAAAAGACGAACGCGAAAAAGGAUCCGUUUUACCUGUUGAUGAAGUCCCACCGGGCGUGGGACGCAGAGGAGCAGUCGGGUUUCUUCACAGAGAAGAAAAGUGUGAAAAAGGUGCAGGCGACACACCGCUCCAGUGGCCAGGAGGAGUGAAGGACCUCGGGUUUUCCUUUUCCCCAGCAUUUGCAGCCUGUGCUGGGUUGGUGGAAAAUGGGCACUCCGACCACUUCGAUCUGUGGACUUAUCCUCUCGUUGAUACUCACAUGCCAGCUGGUCACUGUGACUCAGGCCUCCAAGGUGUGGGGAGAGGUCCCUCUGCCAGAAGACUUGGAGGCAGAGAAAGAUGUCCAGGCGUCUCAGAGCUUACUAGAUGACGAUGAGGACUUUGUUGCUGAUGAGGCUUCAGGAGAUCUGCCCAGUGGAGAGGAUGAUGGAAGCACGCCGUGGCCUCCAGUCGGGGAGAGCACAACCCGUUGGUUGGACUCUUCACAUAUGGGGAACAUACAGAGCCCAGUCACACUGGACUACAUUUAUUACAGAGCUCUCGUCAACUUCACUGACUCCCUGGUCUACAGCCCUGAGCUCGAGGACAUCUUCUCCCCAGCGUUCAGUGAGAUCUCUGAAGCAGUGGUGGACACGCUGGAGUCGGAGUACAACAAGAUUCCAGGUGCCCAGACAGUCAGCGUGGUCCUCAUUAAGAAGAUGGUAAGAGAAGAUGGAGUGGACAUAUUUGUGGAGUUGGACGUGGGCUCAGAUUACAACAGCAAUGACGAACAGAUCCGCAGCGUGCUGUACAACGUGGUGAAAGAGGGAACCAUUGCUUCCUACGUCACAUCAGUCCAGGGCUUUCAGUUCAGACGGCUUGGAGAAGUAACCCCAAGCAUAAGACCCUGCAUGCCAGAUGAGCACAGGUGUGGUGAUGGAACAUGUAUCCUGAUGGAAUACCUGUGUGACAACAGACCAGACUGCAGAGACAUGAGUGAUGAGAUCAAUUGUGAUGUAAAACCGCCAGCACCUCCAGUUUUCACCACCCCUCCAACCACAACCACCACCACCAUCAAGAAGCCCCCACGGCCCCCCAGCCCACCUGGACCCUGUAGAGCGGAUCAAGCCACAUGCCAGAGCGGAGAAUGUAUCCCUCGAGACUACGUCUGUGAUGGGGAGAGGGACUGCUCGGAUGGAAGUGAUGAGUUCAGAUGUGGAACUCCAUCUCCCUGUGAGCCCAAUGAGUUCAAGUGCAAAAAUGGUCGCUGUGCUCUCAAGCUUUGGCGUUGUGAUGGAGACAAUGACUGUGAGGAUAACUCAGAUGAAACAGACUGCCCCACCAAGCGUCCCGAUGACAGGUGUGCUCCAGAGCAGUUUGAAUGCCUGACCGAUCGCACCUGUAUCCCAGCCAGUUACCAGUGUGAUGAAGAGCCAGACUGCCCUGACCGCUCCGAUGAGUACGGCUGCACCCCUCCCUCUGUGACAAGCCCACCGGAGGAGUCCGUUCAGGCAGCACGGGGGUCGACAGUGACGUUCACCUGUCAGGCUGUUGGAGUGCCAACACCAAUCAUCACCUGGAGACUCAACUGGGGACACAUUCCUGUCAGCGGCAGGAUCUCCAUGACCAGUGAGAACGGCCGUGGUACGCUCACCAUUCGUGAUGUAAAGGAGGCGGAUCAGGGGGCCUACACCUGCGAGGCCAUCAAUGCCAAAGGCCUGGUGUUUGGUAUCCCUGACGGAGUGCUAACUCUCACAUCAAAUCCCAACCCAGGCAACUGUCCUGAUGGUCACUUCAGUCUGGAGGGCCGCUGUGUUUCCUGCUUCUGUGCUGGAAUCACCAAGAACUGCAAGAGUACCGGCCGCUACCGCAACCAGAUCAGCCUGCGUUUCACUGAGGAGGAAGACUUCAAAGGAGUGAAUGUUACUUACCCAUCCAGGCCAGGCACUCCUCCUCUCUCCGCCACUCAGCUCCUCAUUAACCCUGAAAUCGAGGAGUUCCAGCUCGUCGACCUGUCACGCCGUUUCCUCAACCUUGACUCCUUCUGGACGUUGCCUCGCCAGUUUCUGGGCAACAAGAUUGACUCCUAUGGAGGGUCCCUGAAGUACAAGGUGCGGUACACAUUGGCCCGUGGUCUGUCUGAGCCCGUGGAGAAGCCAGAUGUGCUGCUGGUUGGAAAUGGACGCAGGCUUGUGUACCGCAGAGGCAGCGCCAUCCCUGCUCGCACGGUCAACCAGAAAGAGAUCAUAUUCACUGAAGAUAAAUGGCAGCAUUCCAAUGGCCGCCCUGUGAGCCGAGAGGAUCUGUUGAUGACACUGGCCAACCUGGACAGCAUCAACAUCCGCACCAUCUACGACAACCACAUGGUCAGCGUGGCACUCAGUGACAUCGUCAUGGAUACCACCACCGUGGAGUUCAGCAUUCUGGGUCUUGCUAAGGAUGUUGAAGAGUGCAGAUGUCCCCCUGGAUAUUCAGGACUGUCCUGUGAGAUGUGUUCCUCAGGUUUCGAGCGCAUCCCUGGUCCCCCCUAUCUUGGCACCUGCGCUGGCUGUAACUGCAAUGGACAUGCCAGUGCCUGUGAUCCAAUCAGUGGACACUGUCUGAGCUGCCAGCACAACACAGAGGGCCCUCAGUGUGACAAGUGUCGCCCUGGGUACUUUGGUGACCCAAGCCGAGGUCGCCCCGAUGACUGCAAGCCCUGUCCCUGCCCCUACUAUGAGACUUCACGCCGAUUCUCUGACACCUGCUUCCUGGACGUUGACCAACAGCCGACGUGCGAUGCCUGCAGGCCCGGCUACACAGGAAGACGCUGUGAAAAAUGUGCUCCUGGUUACCAGGGUAACCCACAACUACCUAACGGAAAAUGUGUUCCUGCCCAAGGCUCCACUUGUGAUAACAGAGGAAUCAUCAGCUCCAGUAGCAGGCCCUGCAGCUGCAAGAACAAUGUGGCAGGCGCUCUGUGUGAUGAGUGUAAGCCUGGGUUCUUCCACCUAUCAGAGGCCAACCCUGAGGGCUGUCUGCGUUGCUUCUGUAUGGGCAUCACCAAAACGUGUGCCAGCUCCACUUGGAGUAGAGAUCAGGUGCGAGGAGGGGUGAACGGGCAGCUUUUCUCCCUCUCCAACAACGCCAACACUAAAACUAUCUCUGAAGGCAUCUCCCAGAGGGGCUCCUCUGAAGUUGUCUACCGCUCCUUCUCCACCCUCCCUAACGACAUCUACUACUGGGUCCUGCCUGAGAGCUUCAGAGGAGAUAAGGUGACGGCCUAUGGCGGGGAGCUUCGCUACACAGUGAAAUAUACACCGUCCCAGGGUGCUCUGGUGAUUGACGGUCAGCCAGAUGUGGUUCUCCAGGGCUUUGGCAUCUCCCUGGAACAUUACUCUCAGACCAAGCCCCUUGCACGUGUCCCACAAACCGUCACUGUGACCUUUAGAGAGUCGGCGUGGCGUCGCGCCGACGGGAACCCGUGCACUCGUGAGCACCUUCUGAUGGCUCUGGCUGAUGUUGCUGUAUUCAUGAUCAGAGCCACCUACGUAGACAACAUGGUCGAGAGCAGUAUCUCAGACAUAAAGAUGGACAUCGCUGUUCCUCACUCCACCGGUAAUGAACGUGCCCUGGAGGUGGAAGAGUGCGCCUGCCCUCAGGGAUACAGAGGACCCUCCUGCCAGGAGUGUGAUGAAGGUUACACACGGACCGGCUCUGGCCUUUACCUGGGCACUUGUGAGAGGUGCGACUGCAAUGGUCAUGCAAGCAGCUGUGACCCAGAGACCGGCAGGUGUCUGCAAUGUCUCCACAACACCGCGGGGCCAAGGUGUGAACGCUGUCAGCCUGGUUUCUACGGCAACCCUGUAACAGGUGGAGCUCAGGCCUGCCAGCCCUGCCCUUGUCCUGGAACCGCGUCUAACAACCAAUUCUCUCCAACCUGUUAUCUGGAGUCUGAUGGUCAACCGACCUGCGACAGCUGUCCCCCCGGAUACAGCGGCAGACGCUGUGAAAGAUGUGCCGCAGGAUACACUGGCAACCCACAGCUUGGACAGAAGUGUACUGUUGGCAGUAAUGAAGUCAAUGGUAACUGCUAUAACUGUGACCAAAGAGGACGGGAAAGCUGCAGUGGGGGUGUGUGCCGCUGCAAGAUGAAUGUUGAGGGCCCAUCUUGCUCCAGCUGCAAGCUUGGUGCCUUCCAUCUCAGCCAGGAAAACAAAGAUGGCUGCCUGUCCUGUUUCUGUAUGGGGGUCACUCAGCAGUGCUCCAGCUCUAAUUACUACAGAGACCUGGUGUCCUCAGUCUUUUCUCCAGGGAACUUCCAGGGAUUUGCAUUGGUGAACCGUCAGCGCACCAACCGCAUCUCCACUGGUUUCACUGUGGAGGUUUCCACUGAAGGCACUCAGCUGUCCUACAGCAACUUUGACUACCUGGGACAGGAGCCUCACUACUGGCAGCUUCCAGGGGUCUACCAGGGAGACAAGAAAGAUUCUUUCUUUACUCGCAUGAAACGAGCUGAACAGGGUGAUAUGAGAAAGCUGGAUGAUGAGGUCUGGGCGCUCCUCUCUAACUUCUCCAAUGGACGAGCGGGUUUCCCUCCCUUCUUUCCCCCUUCUUCCUCUAAAUCCUCCUCCUCUUUCUCCUCCUCUCCAUCUUCUUCUUCUCGGAUCCCAACUUCCUCUUCUUCCUCCUCUUCGUCCUCUCGGUGGUCUUUGCGUAACCUGAGCCCCCCUUCUCCUCCGUCUGGUGUCUCCUCUUCAGUUAGGCCAACCCGACCUCAACCCUACUCCCCAGGCCAUGCUCCUCAUCUGCAGAGCAAGAACAAAGUGAGCACGACUUCUGCUAGUGGUACUACAGACAGCAGCAAGUACGCUCUGGUCUACAAAGGUUUCAGCUUGCACCAGGAUGAUCUGCUCUACUGGCAGCUCCCAGCACAGUUCACAGGGGAUAAGGUGGGAUCUUACGGCGGUAAACUCAAAUACACCAUCUCCUAUGUGGCUGGUCCAAGAGGAACACUACUCGAUGACGCUGACGUCCAGAUCAUUGGUAACGACAUCACUCUGGUAGCUCGUCAGCCCUGGCAGAGGAGGCAGCAGGGCAGCAGAGAGACUCAGCAGUUUGAGAUGGUCUUCAGAGAGGAAAACUGGCGUCGUCCUGAUGGCAUGCCCGCAACCCGUGAGCACCUGAUGAUGGUUUUGGCGGAUCUGGAUGAUAUCCUUAUCCGAGCAUCCUACUCCACUGAGAUGCGAUCCUCCAGUAUCUCCGAUGUCAACAUGGAAGUGGCUGUGCCCAACUACAGCGGCUUGGCGCAGGCCCUCGAGGUAGAGCAGUGUCGCUGCCCACCUGGAUACCAGGGACUCUCUUGCCAGGACUGUGCGCCUGGAUACACUCGCACUGGAGGAGGUUUAUACCUGGGUCACUGUGAGCUCUGUGAAUGUAACGGCCACUCUGACUCCUGCCACCCGGAGACUGGCAUCUGCACUAGCUGCCUGCAUAACACUCAGGGUGAGCUCUGCGAGCAGUGCGCCCCUGGCUUCUUCGGCGACCCCACUGUUGGCACUCCAGAGGACUGCCAGCCCUGCGCCUGCCCUCACACUGACCCUGACAACCAGUUCUCCCCUACUUGUGAGAGUCUUGGAAAUGGAGGCUACCAGUGCACUGCCUGUCAGCCCGGCUACACUGGCCAGUACUGUGAACGUUGUGCUCCUGGAUACGUUGGCAACCCACAGGAGAGAGAGAAGUGUCGCCCAUACGAUGCUGCAGCCUCCUUGGUGGUGAAGGUUUAUCCAGAGAGGGUCAUGGCAUCCCCGGGUGGCUCUGUCACUCUACGGUGUCAGGUGUCCAGCUCUCCUCCACACUAUUUCUUCUGGUCCAGAGAGGACAGGCGGCCCAUCUCCGGCAGUGCUGACAGACGCAGACAAGGAGCAGAGCUGUAUUUCCCCAGUGUCCAGCCGAGCGACGCCGGCAUCUACGUCUGUACCUGCCAAGACCAGCACAGCACCAACAAGAGCCGCGCUGAAAUAGUUGUCACAAGCGCCCCAUCCAAAGCUAUUGAGGUGACUGUUGAGGAGCCCAAAGCCCAGACUGUCAGGGUGGGGUCUACUGUCAGCUUCAUCUGCACAGCAAAGAGCAAGUCACCAGCCUACACCCUGGUGUGGACCAGGAUGGGUAACGGGAAGCUUCCCAACCGGGCCAUGGACUUCAACGGCAUCCUGACAAUUCAGAAUGUCCAGCCCGAGGAUGCUGGCGUCUACGUUUGCACGGGCUCCAACAUGUUUGCCAUGGACGAGGGCAGUGCCAUCCUCUACGUGCCAGAGGCCUCACAGACUCAGAUGUUUUACACAGCCUAUGAAAUGUUUGAAGGACACAGAAAGCCUGGAGAGGCGGCCCAGCCUGUGGCCACCAUCACUCCCUCAGUGCUGAAUGUGCUUCAAGGCCAGCGGGCAGAGUUUCGCUGCACAGUGACUGGAAACCCAACCCCUGCCAUCGAAUGGAUUGGAGGUCCAGGGAACAGAAUGAGUCCAAGAGCGGUGAUACGAGGCGGCGUACUGACCUUCACAGCAGUGGACAAGGCUGAUGAGGGCGAAUACACCUGCAAGGCCCUGAACACUCAUGGCGAACACACAGCGCGGGUGUCCCUCUUUGUACAAAAAUCUAACCCUAGUGGCCUAGGCACCCAGCCCCAAGUCCAAGUCAGUCCCCAAAAUGUUGAAGUCCACGAGGGCGACACCUUGAGGUUGUACUGCCGCGCGUCAGGAGCACCCACUCCGAAGCUCACCUGGCUGAAAAAUGGAGGACAGAUCCCCCCACAGGCCAUUCCCUCUCACGGUUUCCAUCAAUUUAAAAGCAACAGUCUCGAUGUGUUACAGAGACGUAUUGAGGAGCUGCAGGCCCGCAUGGACCGCACCGACAUCGGCACUCUGCUCAUCCCCAACAUCAAGAUGGCCGACUCGGGCACUUACAUGUGUGUUGGCAGCAACAGCGUUGGCUCAAAUAGCGCACCAAUUAAAGUGACGGUGCUCAAAGCGGACCAUAGCACAUCAGUGGUCAGCAUCCAGCCGUCUAUAGCUGACGUCCAAGAGGGCCAGAGUCUGGAGCUGAACUGUUUUGCCCCCGGAAAUCCACCUCCCCAAGUCACCUGGACAAGAGCCAGUGGACGCCUGUCCUCCAACCACCAGGUUCUGGGCAGUCAGCUGCGUAUCCUGUCAGCCACCCCAGAAGACUCAGGAGAGUAUAUCUGUCGAGUGCAGGGCAACUUUGGAAACCCGGGAUCUCAUGUCCAUCAGGCCUCUGUCUCCGUGUCUGUCACUUCAUCUUCUUCACGUCUUCAGAGUCCAAUCAUCGCCAUUGAGCCCCACAGUGCUGCAGUGCGUGUGGGGGAGUCAGCCAGUUUCAGGUGCAGGGUGUACAGCGGAGCCCAGCCUGUCAGACUGGAGUGGAAACUGGCCAGCAACCUACCACUGCCAGAUAAUGCCAGGGUUAGCCCAGAUGGUUCUGUUAUUACCAUUACCGGUGCUCGCCCUAACAACCAUGGUGCCUACCGCUGUGUGGCGAGCAACCCGUUCGGCAUCACUCACACCAUUGUGUCUUUGAUUGUCAAAGUGUCUCCUGUGGCCACUGUCACCCCUGUUGGACCUGUGCGGAUCAGGGUGGGUGAACCCAUUAACCUGGAAUGCCAGGCAUCAGGAGAGCCACGCCCUUCAGUGUCAUGGCACAGGCUGGACAGCAACCGCAAAACCAUGCUGAGCAGCCCUGUACCCAUGGAGUCCAAUGCAGUCAUGCAGAUACUGGUGGCACGUCAGGAGGACAGUGGCACGUAUGUGUGCACAGCUCGCAACAAUGAGGGCUCCACGGAGACCAAGGUAGAGGUCAUUGUUGAGGGAGGCGCUCAAGUACCAUCAGUGCCCAGGGCCUCUGUUCCUGAGCCGCUGAUGAUCGUGGUAGAGGGACAGACUGCAACACUGCGCUGUGAGGCCCACGGCUUCCCCUCGCCAACAAUCACCUGGUCCAAGCUGCGGUCUCCUCUACCUUGGAGACACAAAGUGGUGAACAACAGCUUGGUGCUGCCCAGCGUGGGCCGGCAAGACUCUGGAGAAUACAUCUGCAGUGCCACCAACAACAUGGGCACCUCUGACGUCACCAUCAUGCUAGAUGUAGAAACUCUUCCUUAUGCCACGUCUUUACCCAACGAUGUGGCUGUGCGGAUCGGGGAGGUGAUUAGGUUGCAGUGCCUGGCCCAUGGCACUCCUCCUUUGACAUACACUUGGACCAAGGUGGAUGGAAACCUGUCCCCGAGGGCUCAGGUUAGCGGAGGGGAUCUUCAGGUCAACCUGGCUAAUGCUGAGGAUGCUGGGACCUACAAGUGUGUGGUCAGCAACAAAGUGGGCAGCAGUGAAGUGACCGCUAAAGUCACAGUCAGAUCCCCGCUGGCAGUGCGUGUUUCACCCCAGGUUGAGGUAAAGGCCCAGGGCAGUGCUGUGGAGUUUACCUGUUCAGCAGCAGGUGGUGCAGAGACCAAAAUUGAGUGGCUGAAGGAAGGAGGUGCCCUGCCACCAAAUCACCACAUCAAGGAUGGUGUGCUCAGGAUUGAGAACCUUGAGCAGAGCAAUGAAGGUGUUUAUAUCUGCAGAGCAAGCAGUGUGUAUGGUCAGGCCCAGGACACUGCCAGGUUAACCAUCCAAGCCCUGCCAAAGGUGAUGAUCAAUGUUCGUACCUCAGUGCAGACUGUGAUGAUUGGGAACUCUGUGGAGUUUGAAUGCCAGGCCGUUGGUGACCCAGAGCCCACGGUCAAAUGGAGUAAAGUUGGCGGGGCUUUGCCAGCUCACAUCAUGGUGAAGGGCGGCAUGCUGAAGAUCGAGCAAGUGACAGAGGCCGAUGCUGGGCAGUACCGCUGUACCGCCACCAAUGAUGUAGGCUCAGUACAGUCCCAGGUGGUCCUUAACGUCCAGUCCCUUCCUCAAAUUGCUGCACUGCCAGAAACUAAAGAGGUGACAGUUGGCUCUGAUGCAGUCUUGCCCUGUGUGGCCUCAGGAUAUCCUGUACCUGAGAUCAAAUGGUCCAAGCUGGAAGGAGAGCUUCCUCCUAAGUGUUUCCAGGAAGUCAACGUGCUGACCGUUCCUCGUGUCUCCCAUGACGAUUCUGGGACGUACGUCUGCACCGCCUCUAACAAGCAGGGCAAAGUGGAAGCCUUCACUACUCUUCUUGUUCAUGAGCGAGUGAUGCCCUACUUUGCCCAGGAACCUUUGUCCUAUCUUACUCUGCCCACCAUCAAAAACGCCUACAAAGCCUUCAGCGUUAAGAUCAGCUUUAGACCUGAUAAUGUUGAUGGUCUCAUAUUGUACGCUGGAAUGAUCCUCUACAAUGGCCAGAGGAGGACCACAGGAGCCGACUUCAUCUCUCUGGGACUUGUGGGCGGUCGCUUGGAGUUCAGGUUCGACGUGGGCUCCGGCAUGGCCACUAUACGUGACCCCAACCCUGUCAAACUGGGAGAGUUUCACACCGUUGAGGUGUAUCGCAACCUCACCCAGGGCUACAUCAUUGUAGAUGGAGGGGAGCCCAUCAAUGGCAGCUCACAGGGCAAGUUCCAGGGCCUGGAUCUGAAUGAGGAGCUGCAUGUGGGUGGUUACCCUAACUACACACUUCUUGCCAAAACUGCUGGCAUUAAGACCGGGUUUGUCGGCUGCAUCCGUCAGCUGGUCAUCCAGGGUGAAGAAGUCAUCUUCAAAGACCUUGACCGCAGCUCUACUGGUGUCACAAACUGUCCCACCUGCAAAGAUCAGCCAUGCCAGAAUGGCGGCAUGUGUGAGGACUCAGAGGCCAGCUUGUACAAGUGCAGCUGCCUCAAAGGAUUCACCGGUAGCAACUGCCAGCACCACUCGUCCCUGCACUGUCACUCAGAGGCCUGCGGACCAGACGCCACUUGCAUCAAUCGGCCGAAUGGCCUGGGUUAUGACUGCCGCUGCCAUCUUGGCAAGUUCGGAAACAAGUGUAUGGAUGGGGAACUGGUGACCACUCCACUGUUUGAUGGGGAGGAGUCAUACAUAGCCUAUCCUCCCCUGACCAACAUCCACGAUGAUCUGCGUGUUGAGAUGGAGUUCAAGCCAACAGAGAGAGACGGCCUCAUGUUCUUCUGUGGUGGGAAGAAAAUGAAGGUGGAGGACUUUGUAGCCAUCUCCAUGGUGGAGGGACAUGUAGAGUUCAGAUAUGAACUGGGCACAGGCCAAGCAAUCCUUCUCAGUCCUGAGCCAGUCUCUCUGGGCCAGUGGCACAGAGUCGUGGCCGAGCGGAACAAGAAGGCCGGCCACCUGAGGGUCGACCAAGGCCAAGUGGAGAGGAAGACAUCUCCGGGAAAAGCCCAGGGCCUCAACAUCCACACCCCCAUGUACCUGGGAGGAGUCCCCAGAAUGGAAAUCCUGCCUAAGCCAGCCAACGUCAGCGAAAUGUUUGAGGGAUGUAUAGGAGAGGUUUCCAUCAACAACAAGAAGGUGGAUCUGUCCUACAGCUUUACAGACAGCAGAUCUAUCCGCAAGUGUGUGGACAACAGCCCCUGUGACCGCCGGCCCUGCCUGAAUGGAGGUCACUGCAUGUCAAGUGCUGAGUAUGAGUACCAGUGCCUCUGUAAGGAUGGAUUUGAAGGUGAGCGUUGUGAGGUGGUGAAAGAUGUGUGCCAGACCAACCUUCAGUGCCAGAAUGGCGGCAGCUGUGUCAACGGUCAGUGUGUGUGUGCACCCGGGCACGCAGGCCUGACCUGUGAAGAAAGCCAGGUCUCCAGCUUCCCCGAGGCCCUGUGGAAUUUGGAAGCUAAGGAGGCAAAUGAUUCUCCCUACCAAUAUGCAGCUCAUUUCCAGAAUGAUGGAUACAUUGCCCUGCCUAAAUCCAUUUUCCCAAGAAGUGCCCAUGACUCCCCAGAGACCAUUGAACUGGAGAUCAACACUAGCUCCUCUGAGGGUCUGAUCCUGUGGCAGGGUGUGGAACUGGGAGAACAUGGCAGAGGAAAGGACUUCAUUAGCCUCGGUUUGCAGAAUGGACACCUUGUUUUCAGUUACCAGCUGGGCAGUGGAGAGGCAGAGAUCUUGUCCCGGAAGUCCAUCAAUGAUGGCAAAUGGCACAAGAUCACAGCAGUCAGAACUGGGAAAGAUGGAUAUAUCCAGAUUGAUGGCGGAGCCACGCUACAUGGACAGUCUAAAGGCAAAAGCCUCAUGGUCAACACCAAAGGCAGUAUAUACCUUGGUGGAGCCCCAGACAUGGCUACUAUGACAGGAGGGAAGUUUUCGUCAGGAAUGACGGGCUGCGUGAGGAACCUGACACUGAUGAACGCCCGGCCGGGACAGCAGCCGGCCCAGGCCAUCGACCUGCAAACCCACGCAGCCCACGGCAUCAACGUGCAGCCGUGCUCUUCAUAGGCCGUAGCGCACACGCGAACACACACACACACUCACUCACACACACACACACACACACACAGAGACUAUGGAGUGAUGUCAUACACACAGCAGACUCACACAGAGAGACUUACACACAUAGAGCCUGGCAAACUUGGUGCUUUGCUGCUACCAAAAAAAACAAAAACAGAAAACACAAGAUGACACAACAGGAUACGUUUCUCUGUGUGCAGUAAAAACCAAAAACGAGAGAAAAAUUGACACGAUAUUAACAAGUCUUCUCUUCCUCAGUGUUGUACUCUCAAUGAAGGACUAUUAACACAGGAGAACCAGUACAGUUUACAUACUUCCAGCAGUAGUUUUAGUCAUGAGACGAGUAAGAGUAAAACAUAUUAGCCCUUCUACGAUGGGUCAGAUCCUAUGGAGUUGGAGAUGUUUUUACAGCACUGAAUUUUUAUUUAUAUACAUAUGAAUAUAUAUAUAUUAUAUUUGUGGGGGAAAACAUGCAAACUAACCAUAACUGCUCUUCAACCUUCCUAGAGUUUAUUCUGGGUUCUAAUACUGUGUGUCCAGGGCUUUUUUAUAGGCCUAACUGUAUUAAUACUUGAAGACGUUUAGGCCUUCUUUCUUCACUUCUGUAGAGGAACCUUUUUAUUUUGCGCGAGCAUGCUUACUGUCAUUUGGGACAGGAGCGCACACAGUCACAGUCACACGCAGCUUCAGUACACAACUCAGGUCGUCAAAUACAAGUUAAUAACUGCAGAUGUUGCAAGUACUGCUGCUUUAGCUGAAUAUUUUUGCUUUACACACCAAUCACAGCGCUGUUGUGUCUUCUGUGUCUGUAUUUGUUCUUUUUUAUGAAAAAGAAAGAAACCUUGGUGCUAAUGUCAGACAUGAAGAUACAGCACAUAGUCAUAUGGUUGCCUGUCUGUCACAUGUAGAGGUGUUUUUUUUUUUUUUUUUUUAGUAAUUCGGUUACUUAGAUUAAGGAAACUCUGAAACAGUAUACACUAGCAUCACAUUUGUUUAUAUGCAUGGCAUUUGAGGUUGAUUUCAUGACGAAAUGGCAUGGUUUGUUGCCUCCACAGCCUUAUGAUGAUUGAGUAGAUCUCAAAAAAAGCGGUUUUUAAGAACUGAAAAGGGUGUAAUUUUUUUAUGUGUGGUUGUUGAAGAUAUUGUUUUAUGUGUAAAACUGCCAGUCAGGUAGAUAUAUCUGUAUCAACUGAGAAUGAGUGCGUAUGCUAAGUAAACUUGUUGGUUAUGUAUGUCUCAGCCCUUUCUAUUUCUCACAGGUCACUGUUACUUUAAGCCCUAAUAUGGAGUUAGGUGUGUGUAUGUGUGUGUGUGCAUGUGUCAUUAUCCAUAUCCUCAGGAGGUUCAACCCAGAACUGCCUCAAGAUGUUUCUUAAUUUUCAGGUUUGGUAGCUUUAGUGACGAUUUGGUAAGCUAUAAAACUCUGAAGGCUCCGUGGUUCUGUAGGUUGUUUUCUCUGCAGAGGGAGAUUCAUCUGCAGCAAACAAGCAGUAGGAUACAGUUCUGAUAAAAGUGUUCAGUCAUGUGGACAAGCAGUGGAAGCCUCCUGUAAGUGCUGCGACUUGUAGUGUAGCUCUGAUAAAGCAUGCUCGCCCGCCUUUAGUCGACCACACCACAAAACCACAACGGCACGAUCGCUUUGGGGUUCACAAACUUUUUUUUCUCAUUUUUGUAAGCUUAAAAUGUUUGUAUUAAUAUCCUAAAAAUGAGCACUAUCCUUUCACUUAGAGUUGCUUCAUUUUUAUUUAUUUUAUGGUUUUUUUUUGUUUCCCUUUUCCUCUUUUUCAUUGCUUUUGUUUCAAGGCUUGAUUCUGCUGUUUUAGAACAAUCACAGAAGCUUGCUAAUUUCUUUCCUCUGGUUAUUGUGUAUUGCCUCCCACAUCCCCUUGUUUUUCUCCUCAUGUUUGAAUAUGGCCGCCCAAGUAAGUUCUUCAGAAAUCACCCCACAGAAGUUCCAUGAAAGGUUAAUAUUUAAUACCUGACUGGAGCUGCCUGGUCAAAUGGUUGGCAACUGGUCUUAUUUUUCACUCAAUGAAAAACAAGUCUUAGGCUCCAAAUAAAUUGAAUGGAUUAUUUAUUUAUACAGAACGGUGUCAUCAAGAACGUGUGGAUUGAAAAGAGACAAUCCUGUGGUCCACGUUUAGGACACUAAAGCAGAGGAGGAUUGAGUGCGUGCCCCUUGUCGGGCACCUUUUGUGUAUCUGCUCUUAAACUGGAUUUUCAUAUAUAUACACUGUACACUGAUGCCUGAUUGCAGAGUUGUCAAGAAAUUGCCACAGCUUUUUGUUUUCACGCAAUUACAAAAUAUGAAAGGUGCACUUUUAAGAACAAUGGCAAUUUUUAUUUUGACUUUUUUU